UUGAAUUGUCUGUCACAACCCAUCAUCAGUUUUCUCUAGUCUUUGUGUGAAAUCUUCUAACUAAAAGACGCUUAGAAAGGGAGAUUUUAAUUAAAAGUCUUGAUUUUUAGUAAUAUGAGUAAUGUACCCAACCAAAAUGGAACAGGUCUAGAGCAGCGGUUUGCUGGUCUGGACUUGCAGGACGGCAACAAGGAACCUGCCGGCCGUAAAUACAUCCCUCCUCAUCUUCGCAAUAAGCCAGCUGGUGAAAGUCGCGGAGAUACUGGCAGAGACAGCAGAGGUGACAGUCGAGGAGAAACUCACUACUCUUCCUCCAGCUUCAGUGACAGGGAUAACCGUAACAGGAAUCAAGGAGGAGGAUAUAAUAGCAGGGGUGGACAAGGUAAUCGCAGAGAUGGUGGCGGUCGCCGGAAUGGAGACUACGAGAGCCAGAAUGGUGUGGACCGAUGGGAUGAUCGUGGGGACCGCGGUGGAUACCGUGGCAGAGAUAGCGCUGAUUCUUGGAGUAGCCGUGGGAGCAAUUGGGGUGACCGGCGUGGAGACAGAGGUGGGAACCGAGAUGACGAGAGAGGAGGACCCAUCCGCAACAACGACCGCUGGCAGUCACCACGUGAGAAUGACUGGACCAUACCUCUGGCUAAGGAUGAACGUCUGGAGAUUGAGCUGUUUGGUACUGGAAAUACUGGUAUUAACUUCAAUAAGUAUGAGGAUAUCCCAGUGGAUGCUACAGGCGAAGAUGUACCCAAUCACAUUGAUUCCUUUUCGGAUAUCCAGAUGACUGAGAUAAUCUCCUGCAACAUUGCUCUAGCUCGCUAUGACAAACCAACCCCCGUGCAAAAAUAUGCAAUCCCCAUUAUCAUGGCACGACGAGAUGUGAUGGCGUGUGCACAGACAGGUUCCGGCAAGACUGCCGCCUUUCUAGUGCCAAUUCUCAACCAGAUGUAUGAAAGAGGCCCCCAGGCAUUCAACGGGUCAAACACUCAAAGGGUAAAGAUGUAUGGGAAACGUAAGCAGUUUCCUCUGGGCCUAGUGCUUGCUCCAACACGAGAGUUAGCUACACAGAUUUAUGAUGAAAGCCGAAAAUUUGCCUAUCGAUCACGUCUUCGACCUUGUGUUGUUUAUGGAGGAUCCAAUGUGGGUGAUCAGAUGCGAGACUUGGAGCGUGGAUGUCACCUCUUGGUUGCUACCCCUGGGCGACUGGUAGACAUGUUGGACCGAGGCAAGAUAGGUCUUGAACACUGCAGAUUUUUGGUCCUUGACGAAGCUGAUAGGAUGUUAGACAUGGGUUUUGAACCUCAAAUUCGAACAAUCGUAGAGAACAAUGGAAUGCCGAAAACUGGUGAACGUCAGACUCUUAUGUUUUCUGCAACAUUUCCUAAAGAAAUCCAGAUUUUAGCUAGAGAUUUCCUGGACAAUUACAUUUUCCUAGCCAUCGGCCGUGUCGGCUCCACUUCCGAGAACAUUACCCAGAAGGUCGUCUGGGUGGAAGACAAUGACAAGCGCAGCUUCUUGUUGGAUUUGCUUAAUGCAAUACAACUGAGUCAGCCUUCAGCAGAGUCACUUACUCUAGUGUUUGUCGAGACCAAGAAGGGUGCCGAUUCAUUGGAAGACUUCCUACACCAGCUGGGAUUCCCAGUAACAUCCAUCCAUGGAGACAGGACCCAGCCGGAACGAGAGGCAGCACUCCGGCGUUUCCGGUCUGGCAAUACACCGAUCUUGGUGGCUACAGCCGUAGCAGCUCGAGGUUUAGAUAUACCGCAUGUGAAGCAUGUCAUCAACUUUGACCUGCCAAAUGAUGUGGAGGAGUACGUCCAUCGCAUCGGUCGUACGGGUCGUAUGGGUAAUCUUGGUACGGCAACAUCAUUCUUCAAUGCCAAGAAUAAAAAUCUUGUUCGAGACUUGCUAGAAUUGCUAGUGGAGACAAAGCAAGAAGUACCACCUUGGCUAGAGGACAUGUUAAGGGAAGUUGGGCAGCCCAUGUCUCGUGGUCGUGGUGGUUCCAAAGGUAAUCGCUUUAGCAGCGGAUUUGGCGCUCGUGAUUAUCGUACACAAAGUGGAGGUGGUGGAGUCUCAGGGAACCGGGGAAGUAAUCCAAGACAAGGAAGUGGUUAUAACAGUGGUAACCAAGGAGGAGGGUAUUAUGGUGGUGGCGGUGGAGGCGGCAACAGUUACAACAACUACUCCAGUAACUCCAACAGCAACAACAGUCAGGGCAAGGACUGGUGGGAACAGUAAUGUUACACGUCGUCUCUCUCUCAUUCCACCAUCGCUUUGUUUGUUCCUCUUGUGGUAUAUAAGUACUACUUUCCAUUGCACAGUGGACAGGCCAUGUAGAGCUUUAGUGCCCCGGUACUCGUCAGGAACAAGUCCUCAUCUUUGUGUUUGUUAUACACAUCCUCAGUUAGGCAAUAUUAUUUAUUUUUGUACCCAAAUCAAAAGGAAAUCUUUAUGGAACUCAUUAUACCAAUUAAUGUACAACUUUCUAGUUGUUAGUUAAAAAGAGAUUGUUAAGUUGCAAGUUUUGUUUAAGUUUUCUAGUGCUGCAUAAAUAAAUAGGAUUCAUUUAUAAAAGAUAUAAACACCAUAUGAAGUAACGAUAUUCCGAUGUUUCUUUCUUUUAUACCAUAUGUAUUUUCCUAGGGUAAAUUUUAAUUAAUAUAAAUAAAAUUUACUAUUUUACAAUGAAUAUUAUAAAUAAACUCUUAUGUCUUCUUUUUCAUUAUACGGUAACUGACCGGUUUAGGAACUAUUUUGCACAAUCAACUACAAAUGUUAUUAAAAUGUUACUCAAUGCUUGUUUCAACUCAUUGUAUGGUGUGUUAAUUAUUUUUAAGUUUUUCAAACUGCAGGAUUAAUGGAAAAUAUGUAAUAUACAUUAAAUUCCUGUGAUAAAUAAUGAUUGAAAACUUGUUGUACCCAAUUUACUCAUAACCAAUAAUUUUUAUGUUUUGAGAAAGAAGUUCAUCAAAUAACAGACUGAAAUACCAUUUACAAUGCAAAUUAAAUUAAUUAUAGGAUGCUGACACCAGACAAUUCCAUGUAUUCUCCUCUGAUGCUCCUAAAAUGAUCUUUUUUUAUUAACCCUUUUAGGACCAACUAUAUAUCAUUAGCUUUCAUUUUAGGCUCAAACGACCAAUAAAUUAUACAUCCGACAGCCAUCUAGUAAGCCAGCUGCUGAUGUUGAGUUUGUUUUUGUGUACAGUGUUUUCAGUAAAUUUUCCUUUUUCAAAAUUACUAAAACGCAACUAAAAAUGUCAGUACUACAUUUACAUUAUCUGUGUCAUUUUUAUUCCUCCUCAUAUUUAUUUUUUUAUUUGAUGAAUUGUUUAAAUAACAUUUAAAUGUAUAUAUAAGCACGUAGACUGUAUUUUUUCCGAAUUCGUGUAAAAAAUAUAUUUUUGAAAAAGAAUGCUUUUGACUAAUGGUUUUGGUUGUGCACAAAGUAAAGUAGCUUAUAUUUUUUUAGUUUUUUAUUUGUCCAUAGAAAAAAGUAAAAAGUAGGAUAAUCUAUUAGUAGCUUAGGACAGUCUAUUAGACAUGGAAAAUCUGAAAACCAGCAGUCCUAAAGGGGUUAAAAGAAUACUUUUAUAAUAUUUUCUCCAAGAAAAGUGCUUUUGUUACCAUUCAGAGCAGACUAACUUUGUAUUAACAUUGGAAUGAGAAAUUGUUAGAUGUCUACAAACUUUUUGUAAGGCCUCUUCUUGGCUGUGUGGAAAGUUGGAUCUGUAUGCAACGAUUUUUGGACACUCUUCAUUUUAUAACUUGGUAUAAACAUUUAAAACAUUGAAAUGCACUUUCAAUUUCAUCACUUACUAUGUAAAAUGAAGGAUGCCCGUAUAAUAUAUAUUUAUUAUUAAAUGACAAGUUUCUAAUUUAUAUUUUUAAUGUUAAGACAGUUGUUGCAUAACAGAUAGAUUCAAUCUAAAUGUGAGUAGCUUAGGUUACAAACAUCCUUAGAGUUUUUUAUUAAACUGUUGAUAGGAGAUUUUUGUAUUUAAGGUGGAAAUGAGGGAGCAAUUUAUUUAUUAUUUUAACCCAGUAGGGUUGAAUAAACAUCUGUUUUACUAUUUUAA